AUGCUUUUGGCCGAGGCUUCAGCCUUCGAGCGAGACCUGGGGAGUCUCCCGCUCCCGCGGUCGGGAUCCGGCGACGGCUGCUGCUCCUCCUCCUCUCUGGGGCGACCAUUUCCCAAACGGCUGCUGCCCCCCUCUUACAUCUGGUUGUGGGAUUCAGUUAAUUUUGGGGAAGAGCGGAGCAGAGUCGCUGUGGUUAGCGCAAUUUGUCUUUGCCACCUCCCCUGCGGGGUGAGGACAGAGCGGGCGAGUAUCCGCGCUGACCUGGGACCUCCCGGCCCUUCUCCUUUGCUUGCAGAGGCUCUCCUCGAGCAGGCCAUGAUCGGGCCGUCACCGAACCCACUCAUCUUGUCCUACCUGAAAUACGCUAUCAGCUCCCAGAUGGUGUCUUAUUCCACGGUCCUGACGGCCAUCAGCAAGUUCGAUGACUUCUCCCGGGAUCUGUGUGUCCAGUCGCUCUUGGAGAUCAUGGACAUGUUCUGCGACCGCCUCAGCUGCCACGGGAAAGCAGAGGAGUGCAUCAGCCUCUGCCGGGCGCUGAUGAGUGCCCUCAACUGGCUCCUGCGCUGCGCGGCCUUCUACACCGAGAAGGUGAAGGAGACGCUGGAGCAGGCGGCAGCCGAGAGCCAGCUGAAGAUGUGUCUGGAGCGGCUGGAGAAGAUGCUCAGCAGCACCAAGAACCGUGCCCUGAUCCACAUCGCGAAGCUGGAGGAGACGUCGUCCUGGAGCACCGUGGAGCAAUCCCUCCUCAAGUUGGGGGAGAACCUGAACAGCCUCAGCAACUCCCCACUGCGAAGCCAGGCUGACAACUGCGUCUCCCUCAUCAAGAGCAUCCCCACCAUGCUCUCGGUGCACUCGGAGCAGCUGAACAAGACCGGCUUCCCCACCGUGCACGCCGUGGUGCUGCUGGAGGGGACCAUGAACCUCACGGGAGACACCCAGCCACUGGUGGAGCAGCUGAUGAUGGUGAAGAGGAUGCAGCACAUUCCCUCCCCGCUGUUCGUGCUGGAGAUCUGGAAGGCCUGUUUAGUGGGUCUCAUCGAGUCCCCGGAGGGCACGGAGGAGCUGAAGUGGACAGCCUUCACCUUCCUGAAGAUCCCCCAGGUUCUGGUUAAACUCAAGAAGUAUCCCCAAGGGGAGAAGGACUUCACCGAGGACGUGAACUGUGCCUUCGAGUUCCUGCUGAAGCUGACCCCGCUGCUCGACAAAGCAGAUCAGCGAUGCAACUGCGACUGCAUGAGUCUCCUCCUGCAGGAGUGUGGCAAGCAGGGGCUGCUUUCAGAGGCCAACAUGACUAACCUGACCGACAAACGGACGGAGGACAGAAAGCACGCGCCCUGCUUGAAAUCGGCAGAGAAUGCCAACAUCCAGCCAAACCCGGGGCUCAUCCUGAGGGCCGAGCCGACUGUCACCAACAUCCUCAAGACCAUGGAUGCGGAUCACUCCAAGUCCCCUGAGGGCUUGCUGGGGGUCUUGGGUCACAUGCUGUCUGGGAAGAGCCUGGACUUGCUGCUGGCAGCGGCAGCAGCGACCGGCAAGCUGAAAUCCUUUGCUCGGAAGUUCAUCAAGGGUGGGGGUCAGACCUCUGGGUGGGGGUCCCCAGCAGGGUCCGUGCAGGUGACAGGCCGCGUGGCAGACCCUGUCCCGGUUCCCUUCCAGAUGAUCCUGUCGGAGUCGAGCCCGGCGGGCGAGGUGCCCUUCUUCGAGACCUGGAUGCUGACCUGCAUGCCCGAGGAGGGGAAGAUCCUCAACCCCGACCACCCCUGCUUCCGCCCUGACUCCACCAAGGUGGAGUCCCUGGUCGCCCUCCUCAACAACUCCUCCGAGAUGAAGCUGGUGCAGAUGAAGUGGCACGAGGCGUGUUUGAGCAUCUCGGCCGCCAUCCUGGAGAUCCUCAACGCCUGGGAGAACAGUGUCCUCACCUUUGAGUCCAUCCAGAAAAUCACAGACAACAUCAAGGGGAAGGUGUGCAGCAUGGCCGUGUGCGCGGUGGCCUGGCUGGUGGCCCACGUCCGCAUGCUGGGCCUGGAUGAGCGGGAGAAGUCCCUGCAGAUGAUCCGGCAACUGGCCACCCCCCUGUACGGCGAGAACACGCUGCAGUUCUACAACGAGCGCGUGGUGAUCAUGAGCUCCAUCCUGGAGCACAUGUGCGCGGACGUGCUGCAGCAGACGGCCACGCAGAUCAAGUUCCCUUCCACGGGCAUGGACACCAUUCCCUACUGGAACCUGCUGCCCCCCAAGAAGCCCAUCAAGGAGGUGCUCACGAGCAUGUUCACCAAGGUGCUGGAGAAGGGCUGGGUCGACAGCCACUCCAUCCACAUCUUCGACACCCUGCUGCACAUGGGGGGUGUCUACUGGUUCUGCAACAACCUGGUCAAGGAGCUGCUGAAGGAGACGCGGAAGGAGCACACGCUGCGGGCUGUGGAGCUGCUUUAUGCCAUCUUCUGCCUGGACAUGCAGCAGCUGACGCUGACCCUGCUGGGCCACAUCCUGCCCAACCUGCUGACGGACUCCUCCAAGUGGCACACGCUCAUGGACCCGCCGGGGAAGGCUCUGGCCAAGCUCUCUGUCUGGUGUGCCCUCAGCUCCUACUCCUCCCACAACAAGGGCCAGGCAUCUGCCAGGCAGAAGAAGAGGCACCGGGAGGAUAUUGAGGAUUACAUCAGCCUGUUCCCGCUGGACGACACGCAGCCCUCCAAGCUCAUGCGCCUGCUCAGCUCCAACGAGGAGGACGCCAACGUCCUCUCCAGCCCCAAUCGCUCGAUGAGCAGCUCGCUCUCCGCCUCCCAGCUCCACACCGUCAGCAUGAGGGACCCGCUGAACAGGGUGCUAGCAAACCUCUUCCUGCUCAUCUCCUCCAUCCUGGGGGCCAAGACAGCCGGCCCGCACACCCAGUUUGUCCAGUGGUUCAUGGAGGAGUGUGUGGACUGCCUGGAGCAGGGCAGCCGCGGCAGCAUCCUCCAGUUCAUGCCCUUCACCAUGGUUUCGGAGCUGGUGAAAGUGUCCACCAUGUCCAGUCCUAAAAUUGUCCUGGCCAUCACGGAUCUCAGCCUGCCCCUGGGCCGCCGUGUCGCUGCCAAGGCCAUCGCCGCGCUGUGAGCGCGACGCCUCCCUUCUGCCGUGCAGGAGGGGGCGGCCGGGCAGCCCCCGGGAAAUCCGGGACAACCUGGGUGUGGGACUGGGACUGGGAUGACUGGGACAGCCUCGGCGUCCCUGCAGGCUCAGCCCAGCCCUCCGCGGGUGGCCGCUUCCUUCGGCUUGCUGCCCCGUGCUGGGCUUUCAGAGACUCGGACAAACCCCCUGCUUUUUUUUUUUCUAUAAUUCGGUGCUUUUGUAGAACCAGGUUUUGCUUCA